AUGUUCGGGCCCCCGGAAGGUAUCGUCUGGUUGACAAAGCGUUCGCUGGGCUACUACGUCCCCGACCUCAAGCGUCCGGCUGCCGAGCGAGAGAAAGAGAUGAAAGAAAUGGCGGAACUCUUCUACUCGAGAAUUUGGCUCGACCUGGCAAUCAAUGCUAAUACAAGCAACCACCCUAAGAAGAAACACCCACGCACGGAUUUUGCUGUGAAUGGGGGCUCGGAUAACUUCGACCGGGUUACUGUUAUGUACGGGAAGGAACCCGGAAAGAUGUCCAGCUAUGCCACGUACCACCAGGAUGGACGCCACAUCAAUCAAAGCCUAAAAGCAAGUUUGCAUAGCGUUCCGAUGCCUAGCCCCGAGGAGCGAUUUAUCUGGAUUGACCUUACCUAUGCGAUCCGUGGUGUCUAUAUCCCACUCUGCUUCGAUACGCCGUGGCCGUAUGAAGACCUCGUCCAGUUAGUCCGACUGGAUUUUACGCACCGCUAUAUUCGGUUGCCGUUUGCCAGACCUUACGACCCAAUGCUCUACUCCCAGCCUGAAAGAGAAUUACUCGGGCCGCAGAUUGAGAAGGCAGGACUGGAGAUCAUGCCCGAGCGCAGUCUAAUCGAUGAAAAGUUACAUCCCAUUCUGCAAAACACCACCCGCUUCAAGAAAAAGAUCCUAGGCGAAAAGGGAGCCAAUUCCGAUGGGAAGCCGUCUGAUGAGGGGCUCUUCCAAGACCCUUCGUCUAAAGAUGCAAAGGCCGCGUUGCAGAAGUGGCUCAAGGAAUGCAACGGAAAGGGACCAAAGCAUGAACUGGAAAAGGCGAAAAGGUUAGAUGCAGUGGCGAAGAAGCAUGGGAUUGACCGGAAUCCAAAAUUUUAUCGUGCUGAGAUUGAUCAGGAUGACCUUAUCACUGAGGUUUCUGGCACAUUUAAGGAGCAAUUGCUCAAGUGGCUCGAGGACUUCGGCAAGACGCUUGACCAGAAACCUACCGAUGAACAAGUGAAGAAACGACAUGCUGUACUAGUGGAGCAACUGCCAUUCAAGGACAUGACUUUGAAGACGCUGGCCAGCCAGACUGGAAAGGAGAGGAAAAAUUUUGUGGGUGUCUUGGUGGAAAAAUUUCGUACCAGCGGAGCACUCUUCUUUGCCGAGUCAAGGGAAGAGGAAAUGUAUGGGUCGGGAGCUGCAACAGAAUUCCAGGCGAAAGCCUUCCGUGCAUGGAUUGCUCCGGAUUGGGAGGAGAUAUCCCGUACUGAGGACGAGUAUAUGGGAGUGCCCAAAUUUUACCCCUGGUCCUUUCAUGACCGGCUCGCGCUGUUGUCCUCCCCUGGAGGCCAGCCGGACUGUCUUAUAUCAGGCCACAUCGACUUCGCAACGUCCACUUCAUUAGGCCUAGGCCUGGAGCAUCCAGAUGUUACGCUUCGAAUCGACGUGCGCGAGGUUCAAUGCUUCUUAGCCCUGCCCAGCAACAUGGUCAAACGCGAAGGGGAAAAGGAAGUCGGCUACCAAAACGUUUCUCGGAGCAACGGUGGCGAAACGGGCAUCCCAAUCAACUUCUACGACCGAAACCUGGUCGUCACCUUUGCCUGUCGUGACGUAAAGAUCGCUGACGGUGCUAUGAACCACACGGCAUUUGCCGGCAAGGACACAGAGAUCAUAACCUUGAACGAAAUCGGUUAUCCCAGCCUCAUCCAGAUUGAGCUCGGCCUGACCAUGCAGUACUUGCCCGAGCCGACAUCUGUUGAGCAGCAGAUCGCGUCUUUCAUGGUGCAGCUCAUUGCCAUUGCAGUAGAAGCGAUUCCAGUCGUCGGCCCGGCUGCCUCGUUCAUAGUUUACGUUGGAGGGAAUGUGCUCAUCGAUAAUGCGUGGAUCAACCAGUUUGAGAACUCGUCGCCACCGGUCUUUGCCUUGAUAUAUUCGCAGAAGGGAAGCAUUUCCAAGUUCGUUGGGCGCCAGGGAAAGAAGUUGAAACUGAAGCUGAAAUAG